GGAGAGAAGGAGAGAGAGGAGGAGGAGGGAGGGAUGGAGAGAGGGAGGGAGAAUUCAAGCAGAACAGCUGUACGGUCAAUAUCCUGGGCACAGUUGUGAAUCAGUGCUACAGAGCAAGUGCUCUCUCCCUCUCUCUUUCUCUUCCUUUUUCGUUCGAUUCAAGACAGGCUACCAGAUACUAUGGAACAAUGCGGAAUGGAUUUCAACAUUCCUCAAAGCAGAAUCUUCUGUUAACAGCCUUGAAGCACAUAGGAACCUAGGAACCAUCCCCUCAGUUAAGAUGUCUGGACUGGAACUCUUGGCUGAGGAACUAAACGGAACACUAUUAGAAAACGGGACUUUUCUGAACUUCUCCCCGACUUCUGUCUCCACGGCGGCUGCCACCUCGUCGAAACGCCCAGAGAAUGUAUACAUUUAUGUGUCCAUCUUCCUGAGCCUGCUGGUCUUCCUGCUGAGUUUGCUCAUCAUCGCCCUCUACAGGCUGAAGAACAUCAUCUCCUCCAGCUCCUCAUACCCAGAGUAUGCCAGCGAAGGAGGCAGCUCCUUCACCAACAUGGAGAUCUGCAGCCUGUCCUCACAAAGGUCAACCAUUUCCUCUCUGUCAUCCUGAAGGACUGCUAAAUGUCUGUGGACACAGAUAACAUACA